AUAAUUUGUUGUUCAUGUGCCAUGGUAACCGAGGCGACUUUGAUUGUGGAGCAGCGGUUUGUAAAUCCGAGAGCGAAGAUUCAAGAGAGAGAGAUUAUCCAGGUAUUGAUGUCUUGACCACCCCAGCACCCCCAACGCCAGCCCCUGCCUCCGCGCCGUAGGUCACAGAAGCAAUGCCCAAGAAGAAGAAGAAGUCUAGCACCGCCUCUAAGAGCCCGGGGAAGGACAAGCGCUCGGAGUGUGUGGGGAGCGCACAGCCUGCCAUUGUCAGAGAGGCCCUGCUGCAGAGAGAGUACGAGCAGCUAACAAAUCAUCUGAACGAGCUAAAGAGGAAGGCGGAAAGGCUGCGUCAAGAAAAUGAGUUUCUGCAGCAGGAGACGCACAAGACCCGCAUGGAGAGCCAAGAGUACAUGGCAUACAUGGCAAAGAGGACCCAGAAGCGUCAGAACGCCAUCAUCACGCUGAGCGACCAGAACCACAAGCAGCUGGAGGACAUCCACCGGCAGAGAGAGGAGCUGCUAGCGGAGUUCAACGACAGGCGAACCGAGCUGAAGAACCACAUAUUGGAAAAAGAGGGCGAGCUGUCCAAGUUAAAUAAGGAUAUUGUGGAUCUCUCGGAGUGUAAGCAUCUCCAACAGGAGCAGAUGAGCCGCAUCAAGGAGCUGGAGAAGGAAGUGAUGGAGAUGAGAGCCAAGCACUCAGAGAGCCUGCAGAGCAUCAAGGCACACUUCCUACAUGAGAAGGUGCACAACGAGAAGCAGUCCAGGCAGAGGGUGCAGGCACUGGCUGUGGAAGCCUCCCGGGAGGCGUCUCGUUGCCUAGUGGAACACACCCACAGUAUCGAGCUGGAGAAUCGGCAGCUGCGGCAGGAGCUGCUGCACUUGAUCCGUCAAACCCAGGUCCUGCACGCCCACCAGGGGGAGCUGGAGGAGCAGAGGCAGCAGCUGCUGAGGGAGCGGCAGUACGUGGAGGACCUCAAGAGGCUGCGUGCACAGGGGCACUUCCACGCCCAACCACCAGGGGGAGGCACGCACACCUGACACACACACACGGGCACCACCUCCAGUAGAUUAUGUGCCUGCCAGGCCUGCAGAGGUAACAAUCAUAAAUUGAUUUUUCUAAUUCUUACCAGUUUCUACCCAUAAGGGUUCCUUGCAAAAGUGAUAUUGCUUUAAAGGAGAUUAUCAUGGUGUAGUGAAGAUGGUACAGUGCCAAACGUGUUUCUCAAUGUCUUCGCAUUUAAUACACUGAGAGACUUCUUGUCGAAUCGUUUGUCAUUAAACCAACUGAGCAGGAUCCUAGCCAACACCGAGGGAAUCUGAGAAGAUACGAGAUCCGCACAAUAUUCCUGUCUGCAUGGUGUUUACCUCUGUGACUGGGUCUUGUAUGUAUAUUGUUCUAUGAAAUGUAGAAAGCGUUUGUCUGUAUUCUAAAUAAAUACCUUCAUGUCCAA